UAGCACCAUUCCUCUCUUCGAAUUUAAGUUGAUAAGAUAAGGUUCAGUUUGGCGGUGGUCUUCAUCUCGGCCAUGGCCGAAGCUUCAACAAUCACCUUCUUUUCCACUCUCCUUCCCCCUUUCCAACCCAACAUCCAGGUGUCUCACCGUCCCCUGAGUUUCCCUCGGAAGCCCCAGGUUCGAUGCUCGGUGUCCGCCGGUGCGACUCCCCAGAAUACGGUGGCUUGGGGGUGCGAGAUUGAGUCGCUGGAGAGUGCGUCGGCAUUGCAGAAUUGGCUGUCGGAAUCGGGUCUUCCACCGCAGAAGAUGGGGAUAGAUAGGGUGGAGGUGGGAGAGAGAGGACUUGUGGCUUUGAAGAACAUAAGGAAAGGGGAGAAGCUGCUCUUUGUGCCUCCCUCUCUUGUCAUCACUCCCAAUUCAGAAUGGAGUUGCCCUGAAGCUGGUGAGGUAUUGAAAAGAAAUUCAGUGCCAGAUUGGCCUUUGCUUGCAACUUACCUCAUAAGUGAAGCUAGCCUCAUGGAAUCUUCAAGAUGGAGCAAUUAUAUAUCAGCCUUACCUCGUCAACCUUACUCACUUCUUUACUGGUCACAAGCAGAGCUAGAUCGCUACUUGGAAGCUUCGCAGAUUAGGGAGAGAGCAACUGAAAGGAUUAAUAAUGUUAUUGGAACAUACAAUGAUUUGAGGCUCAGAAUAUUUUCCAAAUACCCUGAUUUAUUCCCUGAUGAGGUGUUCAACAUUGAGUCCUUCAAAUGGUCGUUCGGUAUUCUUUUCUCGCGCUUGGUUCGGUUACCCUCAAUGGAUGGACAGGUUGCAUUGGUUCCUUGGGCAGAUAUGCUAAAUCAUAGCUGUGAGGUGGAGACAUUUUUGGAUUAUGACAAACAAUCAAAGGGAAUUGUCUUCACGACAGAUCGGCCCUAUCAACCAGGUGAGCAGGUGUUUAUUUCAUAUGGAAAAAAAUCAAAUGGGGAGCUUUUGCUAUCUUAUGGAUUUGUUCCGAAGGAAGGUGGCAAUCCCAGUGAUUCAGUUGAGUUGUCACUGUCACUAAAGAAAUCCGAUGCAUCCUACAAGGAGAAGUUAGAACUGUUGAAAAAAUAUGGAUUAUCAGCAUCUCAGUGUUUUCCUAUACAGAUAACUGGUUGGCCAUUGGAAUUAAUGGCUUAUGCUUAUUUAGCUGUCAGUUCUUCAAGCAUGGCAGAAAAUUUUGAAGAGAUGGCUGCUGCAGCAUCAAAUAGUACCAUCUCCAAGAAGGAUUUGAGAUAUCCUGAAAUAGAGGAGCAAGCAUUGCAAUUCAUACUAGACAGCUGUGAAGCAAGCAUAUCAAAAUACAACAAGUUCUUGCAGGCAAGUGGAUCACUGGAUUUAGAUGUGACUUCUCCUAAACAACUCAAUAGAAGGCUUUUUCUGAAACAGCUAGCUGUGGACUUGUGUAAUAGCGAGCGAAGGAUAUUAUUUCGUGCUCAAUAUAUACUCAGAAGAAAACUGAGAGACAUGAGGGCUGGUGAGUUAAGAGCCCUAACAAUAUUCAACGGUUUCCGGAAAUUUUUCCAAUGAGGACAUUCACUGGUGCAUCAGUUUCUGCCCUAAUUAUCCCUUGCUUUCCUUUGUUUUUUGAAAUAAAAUCUCUCACCCUUGAGCAUGAUGAACUUUGGUAUCACCUAAUUGAGAAAAACAGGUCCAGUCUUCAAUAUCUAUUGAUCAAUAUUGGAAAAGCAAGAGAUGAAAUAGAAAAGGGGAGGAAUGAUUGUAAAAUAGGCUUGUGUAUCUAUUGAUCCAAAUACUUUCUUUCUUUUUCCUUCGUUGUUUGUAUUUUCAAUGUAAAAAACUUGUUUUUACCAGAUUAUGUUUUUCCUACGUGGGGUCGAAUUUAGGAUGUAG